AUUCAAACCAGAAGUUCUAAUUUGCGAGGGGUUCAUUUAUUCUCUCUAACGUUUCUAUAAUCUCAAGAGUGCUAUUAUCUUCUACAAAAUUGCGAUGCAUUCGUUGAUGCUUUCAUCAAAACUGGCAGAAGUUCUGAUCUAUAGUGGAAAAACGGCAAGGCGUUUUCCACUCUACAGGGCAUUCGUUUCAGCGUCAAGGCCCUUACAAGGAAAAGAAGAGGCAGAGCAAUGCCAAAAGGUGAAAGAAGCAGCAGAGGCAGUGAAAGAAGGAGCACAGGCGGUGAAAGAAACCACCGAGUAUAUCCACGAUGUCGCUUCUACUACGGCUAAUCGUGUGAGCAAGAUGACAAAGGAUGUGACAGAGAAAGUUACUGAGACAACGGAUACUAUCACUGAGAAAGCUAAAGGAUCUGUAUCUGGAGUUUUGGGCACAGCCAAAAACGCUACUGAUAUCAUCAAAAAAAAAUUUCUUGGUGGUGAUUAGUUACUACUUAUAAAUAUUUAAUAUGUUUAUGUAUGUUUCAAUAAAAUUAGUAUUCAAAAUAUUUGUAAACUUUAUUUGGCAACGAAUGCUUCAAUGAUAUUUCUGACUAAAUUUUUAGA